AUGGCAACUCCUGCACCAUACAACUGGACCGCUUACAUUGACUAUCCGAACUACUAUUAUGUUUAUGAAGACAUGGAUUAUGAGCCGAACCCCGUUGUGUAUACCACCGAGAAGGCCGUUCAGUUGAACACGUAUUGUACUUAUGCAACUAUUAUCAUUGGUAUUUUCCAUUUCUUGGUUUUGAUCCAGAAGCAAUUGCGCUCCAAUACAAUUUUUAUUUAUAUGAUUGGAGUUGUAAUUUCGGAUAUCAUAAGUUUCUCUCUAUCGUUUUCCGAUAAAAUCACCGCAUCUUUACUUACCCCUCAGCUCAUAAAAUACUCUGAGAAAGAUUGGUGUUAUCAAGAUCCAUGGGUUCCAAUUGAUUUGGUUGGUCAAGUAAUAUCAACUUCGUUUGCUGUUACGAGGAGAUUAUCGAUUUGGUUGGGUCUGACUAUGGCUGCAAUCAGAACUAUUUCGGUGAUGUUCCCAAUGAGCAACAGAGUUGAACGCAUUACAAAACCAAUGUCCUCUAUUGUUUUUAUUGUUUUCUUGACUAUUAUUUGUUUCACACUUGACCUUUAUCGAUUGAUUGGAUGGGUUCGAAUUUACCAGAUCGGAGAUAUUACACCAAAUUUUUGUUAUGCCUCUGAAGAAGAAUCGAAACAAUAUAUUUUGGUGACUUCCAUGCAUUUAAUAGAUAGAACUGAACUGAGUCUUACGUAUUCUGAAAUUGCGAUAAAAUUCAUUCCAGCUGCAAUUUAUCCGAUCCUUACCGUUUUCCUAUUCUUUGAACUGAAAAAUAUCAAAAAACGAAGGAGUAAUAUGAGAAGUACCGAGAGUCAGAAGGCGAAUAACACAACGACUCUGAUACUGAUUAUGACUAUUUCCUUUAUUGUUACUGAAGUUUUUGCGGCGUUCAUGGAAAUUCUGAGUUUAUAUUGCAAUCUCGCGGAAAAUCCUGAUUGUGGAAUACCUUGGAAAACGGACUUUUUUGUCUCAAUGUCACACCCUACCACACUUAUAUUACGAGCUCUCAAUUCUUCCUCUCAUCCAUUCAUCUGCACUUUCAUGUCGUCGCAAUAUCGGGAUACUGUGAAAGUUAUGUUCUGCAGCAAUCGGAUUAGUCGCAGAGCUAUAAAAAUGAUGCGACUGGAUAGUUCAAAGAAGAUAGACUCCCUGGUCUCGCAAGCCUCACCGACUGUGCAGAGUUAA